ACUGCUACCACCAUCACAAUCACCAACAAGAGAUGCCGCCGCUAGCGCCCAAGGAGGGCGCUGUGUCGCUUCCCAUAGACGCCGAUGAGCCUCGCUUCCCCAUGCGCCGCAUUGUCGACACUGACGACGAAGAGCAGGAGGAAGGGAGCAGUUUGCUCGCUGGGAGGGAAAGGCGCCCAAACGGAGACGCAGAAGACGCAGCGGAGGAGGGAGAAGAGGACGAUGAAGAGGUUGACAUGUUUCAGCGGGCCAGCAGGGCAUCGGGCAAGUCUCGCUUCGUCGCAGUGGUCCUCUUUCUGCUGGGUGGCAUCCUCUUCUACCACUUUGUCGUGCCGAUUCUGCCUGACCUGAUCCCCGAGCGCGACACUCCUUGGGACGACCCCGUUCAGUUCCCACAGCGCGACAUCUGGACGCUCGAUGGCCGCGUCGAUCUCCCGCUUGCGUACGUCAACCAUGCUCGGCUCGCUUCGAGCCUCUCAGAGCCCGAGGGCGAACCAGCAUCGACGGACCUGAACCUGCUCCACAUCGACCCGGAAGAGGUGUCAGCAGUCUUUGAGAAAAUCUUCCUCCAGUCGCCUCGUCCUGGGCUGGCCGAGAAGAUCUCUCGGGAGCUCACGCGCAAGACUCACAUUGCUGGAUCCAAGAGAGACUUUGAGACCGCCGUCAAAGUCGCUCGCAAAUUUAGCGAUGCUCUCGGGACACCGCUGGCAGACAAGCCAAAGGACUUUGUCUUUGAUGCUGGCAGCUCCGACUCUAUCCGUCAUAUGACGCAGGCGAGGAGGAUCGGAGGUGACCCUAUCAACGAAGGAAGACCCAGGGUGUGGGUCGAUACGUACAGCGUCUGGCUCAACUACCCCGUCUCGUCGUCUCUGGCGCUCACUCGAAAGGGUGAAGCCGAGCCUUACUUCCACGCCAAGCUCGAGGAAGACAAGCUCGAGGAGGACAAGUUCAGUCAAAAGGGGCUUCCCAUCUUCCACGGCUACUCAAAGAGCGGUAAGGCCUCGGGUCCCCUUGUCUACGCUGGCAUCUGCUCGCUUGAGGACUUUGCGCGACUGAAGGAGCUCAACGUCAAAGUCGAGGGUGCCAUCACCCUCUGCCGAUAUGGCGGCCCAUUCCGGGGGUUGAAGGUGCGCAUGAGCGCUGAGAAUGGCGCUGUCGGCACUCUCAUCUACUCGGAUCCAAACGAAGACGGCGAGGUGACAGAGGCCAAUGGCUACCAGGCAUACCCAGACGGGCCUGCUCGCCAGCCAUCGAGCGUACAGCGUGGCUCGGUACAGGGCCUGUCAAUCUACCCAGGCGACCCUUCCACGCCCGGAAAACCCUCGUACCGAAAUGCAACCCGGCUCGAUCCAGACACGGCCGAUUCACUGCCCAAGACUCCCUCGCUGCCGCUGAGUUACGAGGAUGCCAAGCCACUCCUCGAAUCGCUGAAGGGCCGAGGUGUUAAGGCGAGCGACGUCGGCGACGGUUGGCAAGGUGCUAUUCCGGGCGUCGAGUACUGGACCGGGCCGUCCGAGGAUCAGGUCGACAUGUCAAAUGAGAUGACAAAGAUGGAAGCGCGCGAUACUUGGAACACAUACGCCUACAUCCCGGGCAUCCUCGAGGACGAGGUCGUGGUGCUUAGCAAUCACCGCGACGCUUGGACAUUUGGAGCAGGCGAUCCCAGUUCGGGAACGGUGGCCCUCACCAUGGUCGCUGCUGGCCUUGGUAAUCUCGUCAAGAAGGGAUGGAGGCCGCUGCGAUCCAUCCUUCUUGCAUCUUGGGAUGGCGAGGAGUACGGCUUGGUUGGCUCAACGGAAGCCGCCGAGGACUACCGUGACUUUUUCAAGAGGAAAGGCUCGGUGUUCUUGAACGUCGAUGUGGCUGCGUCGGGCCCCAAGCCCAAUGCCAGAGCUUCUCCUUCGCUCUCGGACUUUGUCGUGGGCGCCGCGAGAGACAUUCAUUCCGAUACCCCGGACCAGCCUGGACUCACCCUUGCGCACCCGCCCGGUCCCCUUGGCUCGGGAAGCGACUACACGGCCUUCCUUCAGAACCUCGGCAUUGCCAGCGUCGACAUGGGCUUCGCGCGGGGAACGAAGGACCCUGUGUACCAUUACCACUCCAACUACGACAAUUUCCACUGGAUGAAGAAGUUUGGUGACCCCCACUUUGAGCGUCACGUCGACGCAGCCAAGUGGCAGGGCCUCAUGGCUCUCCGCGCUUCCCAGUCCAUCUUUUUGCCGAUCAAUGCUACGAGGUAUGCAGAUGCGCUCGAGCAGUACCUCGACAAGUUUGUCAGGCUGCCGGGCGCUGAUGCAAUCGACGUCCGGCCGGUCACAAAGGCGAUUGCAAAGGUGCAGCAGGCCGCAAAGAAGCACGAGGCCAACAAGGCCUUGCUCGAUAAGAGGAUCAAGAGGUUGUUGGGCAUGAGGACGUCUUAUGCGCGCAGUCAUGAGCUCAAGAUUCUGUUUGAGAAGGCCCGCAGGCACAACAAGCGAUCCAAGAGACUCGAGCUGAACUUUAUUGAUGAGGCUGGCCUGGCCAAGAGGCCCUUCUACAAGCAUCUGGGCGUAGCGCCGGGAAGGUAUCUGGGCUACGGUAGCACCACCUUCCCCGGCCUCACAGAGGCCGUCUCGCUCGAUGGAGGCGGACAAGCAGCCGAAGAGGAAAAGGCAAGGCUGGUCGAGACCCUGGAGAGAGUCGCCAAGGGAUUUCUCGAAGGUCUUUAGUUGUCCUUUUGCUCCCAAUUAGCUCUUGUUCAAUUACCAAUAUAUUAUUUCCCCUUCUGCC